CAGAAACGGCUGUUCGUCAGGGAAUACAUCCGACACUCAAAGCACUUGACUAUCGACAGGGAAACGGAGGACCAGUUGAUCCGUGAGGCCGACUAUUUCGCACUCGCGGCACACCUAUUGUGGACCCUCUGGUGUAUCACAAAAGCCCGCACCUCUCCCAUGCGAUACGGAUUUUGGGAAUGUUCAAAGGAUAGACUCAAUGCUUAUCGUAAGCAUAAGGAACUGUAUCAAACGGCGACUUUGGGUAACCAUUGA